UCCGUGUUUCAAAAAUAUAACCUACAGACCAGAAAGAUGUUCGGUUAUCUUAUCAGAGAUAAGAUUUUACAGCACCGUAUCCUGGAUCACAAAACGCUGUGAAUGGACGCGCGCUUCAGGGUCAGCCUCUACAGCACAAGUCAGCCUUACUACCAACCACCAUGCCCGCCCUCAACGCCUGUCUCAAAGUCGCCAAUAUCGCUGAAGCUUCCGGCGUACCGUACGUACAGAACGUGGCAAAGGUAGCCGUAACCGUUUUCGAGCUUCUCGAGCAAAAGGGAAACAACAAGAAUAAUGCCAAGGAGCUCUGUGAGAGCAUAGCAAACACGAUCGCCGUUAUCGAUACCGUCGUUCUUAUGCACGGAGAGCCUGGAGCUUCCCAUUUUAAGGACACUUGCAUUGACAUGGAAGAGUAUCUCGAAAGCAUGGCUCAAGAAUUGAAGGAUAUCAAGCGCAAACAUCGUGGCCUUAAAGGCGUCUUUAGCGUCGACGACUUCCGAGACACUAUCCAGGCUUACAGGAGGCGCGUUGACGAUCUGAAGACGGACUUUCUCAUUCAUUCAGUGGGUGACUGCCGUCUGGAGGUCACGCAGAUGCACAGCUUGUUGAAGGAAACUAUAGCUCAGGCUGUGGUGGGUCAUCCGGAGGAGUUAGUUUUCCGGAUCCCGAAGAAGCCUGUGGCAAUCACCGCCUUUUUUUUUUUUUACGUUGAUCUAAGGUAAAUUCCAUGGUCACCGCCAAAAAAGCUUUUCGAAGUCACUGCCUUUUUUUUAAACUCUGAUGAAAGGUGCUUCCUGAGCGCGCGGCCAAUAUCAUCAAUGUCUACGGUUCCCAUC